UGGUAUAAAACCGGGCAUCCAGCAGGGAUCGCUUCCAAAACACCAAACACUCCCGAUUCUGUCCGUCCGUCCGUCCGUCUCGCACCGCUGCCGCCAUGUUUGUCGCUCCUCCGGGCUACCAGCCUGUCUACGGUCCUAGAGUCCCCUAUUUGGGGCCCAUUCAUGGAGGCCUGAGGGAAGGCGUGUCCAUCUACAUCCAGGGGUCCAUUCCUGAGAACAUUACCAGGUUCUUCGUCAACCUGCUCUGUGGAGAGUCCGAGUCCAGUGACAUCGCCCUUCACUUCAACCCUCGUUUCGACGGCUGGGACAAGGUGGUGUUCAACUCCUGUCAGGAUGGAUCCUGGGGGUCUGAGGACAAGAUCCGCAGCAUGCCCUUCUGCAAGGGCCAGGCCUUUGAGAUGGUCAUCAUUGUCACUUCACAGGGCUACCAGAUCAAAGUCAAUGGGAAUGACUUCCACACUUUCCAACACCGCCUCCCUGUGGAGAGAAUCCGUGCAAUGCAGAUUAAUGGAGACGUUUGCCUGCAGACGAUUAACAUCAUAGGGGGAGGAGGAAUGGGAGGAGGAAUGGGAGGAGGAUAUCCAGGCGGUGGCAUGGGGGGAGGAUACCCAGGAGGCAUGGGAGGAGGAAUGGGAGGAGGCAUGGGAGGAGGUUAUCCAGGAGGCGGUAUGGGGGGAGGCGUGGGAGGUGGUAUGGAGGGAGGAUUCCCGGGAUCAGGCCUGCCGGGAAUGGGCGGGCAGCCGGUCUACAACCCUAUGGUGCCGUACUCCAAUAUGAUCCCAGGAGGGAUGUACCCUAAGAGGACCAUUAUCAUCAGAGGCAUGCUGCCCUACGGAGCAGACAGAAUAAGCAUCAACUUCGUGGUGAGCAGAUCCCGGGACAUCGCCUUCCACAUGAACCCCCGGGUGAGGGAGGGGGUCGUGGUGAGGAACAGCUUCAUCGGAGGCGAUUGGGGCCAGGAGGACAGAGAGCUCAGCAUGAACCCUUUCGCCGAGGGACAGUACUUCGACAUGUCCAUCCGCUGCGGGAACCAGAGGUUCAAGGUGUUUGUGAACGGGCAGCACCUGUUUGACUUCUUCCACCGCCUGCAGUCCUUCAACGAGAUCGACAGGCUGGAGAUAGAAGGCGAUCUGCAGAUCUCCUACAUCCACUUCUGAGACCACACGCUGCAGGACACGCACAUUCUGUAUAUUCCACACAUGAUGACCGCCCAAAAGGAUAUGUCAGCGUGCUGUUUGAUCAUUGAUGUUCACUAUUUAGCUCGUCAUCGGCUGUAUUGAAUCAAUAAACAUGAACGAACACCUGAUGUGGAUG